GCUUAUCGUUAUCUUGAAGUUCCCUGGGGACUUCUACAUGCGGAAACUAGGGCUUAGGGCUAGGUGUAUCCAUAAGUUUUUCUUGCGCCCAUCCGCAAGGUAGUAAGUCAAUACAGCAUCAACCCUACCGCCAACACGUUGUGUAUACUUCAAUUAAGUCCUUUUUCUGGUUGAUAAAGGCCUCAGAAAGCAGUCAUGAAGCUCGACCCGAAGGCGAUGCGAUACCUCAGCUCGGAGGACUUCCGGGUGCUAGCUGGGGUUGAAGCCGGAAGCCGAAAUCAUGAGGUCGUUCCUACGCCGUUGAUCGUACAACUAUCCGGUCUGCGUGGUGGUAGCGGAGUUCACAAGUCCAUUUCGACGUUGGCGAAGGUCAACUUGAUCGCGAAGGUCAAGAAUGCCAAAUAUGAUGGUUACAGACUCACGUACGGCGGUCUCGACUACCUCGCCUUGAACACGCAUCAGAAAAAUAAGAGCGUUUACUCUGUCGGCAACCGCGUCGGUGUCGGAAAGGAAUCGGAUAUUAUCGUUGUCGCACACUCGUCUGGAGAGCAGAGAAUCCUGAAAAUCCACCGUUUGGGACGGAUAUCUUUCCGAACAGUCAAGACCAACAGAGAUUACCUGCGAAACCGGAGUACGGGUUCAUGGAUGUACAUGUCGCGACUGGCGGCAAUGAAGGAGUUCGCUUUCAUGAAAGCUCUCAGAGAAAACGGCUUCCCGGUCCCCGAACCGAUUGCGCAGAACAGACAUACUAUCGUGAUGAGUCUUAUUGACGCCUUCCCUCUGCGACAGAUCUCGAAGGUCCCGAGGCCGGCGGAGCUAUACUCAGAGCUCAUGGAUAUGAUCCUACAGCUGGCACGCUACGGCUUGAUUCAUGGUGACUUUAACGAGUUCAACAUCCUGAUCAAGGAGGAAGAAGAUCCCAAUGCAAAGGGCAAAGGGCGAGAAUCCGAGGAGGUUGAUGAAAGCAUCAGGCUGGUCCCGAUCAUCAUCGACUUCCCACAAAUGAUUUCCGUUGACCAUCCGAACGCGGAGAUGUACUUUGAUCGCGACGUGAACUGUAUUAAGCGCUUCUUCCAGCGGAAAUUCCACUUCACAAGUGACGUACCGGGACCGUUCUUCGCUGAUGCGAGGAAGCAGCUUAUUGAGAACCCAGGGAAGAGACUAGAUGUUGAGGUUGAGGCAUCAGGAUUCUCGAGGAAGAUGGCACGGGAGCUAGAAGCCUACAUGAAGGAGGUUGGAGUCGAUGGAGACGCCGGUGCCCCCCGAGAGGAUGAAGACGAAGAGCGCGAUGACGACGAGGAAGACGAUGAAGAAGAAUCGGGAUCGGAUGAUGAGAAUGAAGAGGAGGAGCAAUCAGAACGUCAAGCAGACGAGGUCGAUGAGAGCGCCAGCAAACUAGAAGACCUGCACGUGUCAAAACCUCCUGAGGAGCAAGCAUAGGGUACUCCUCUUUGCAUAAAAGAUUUAUGACCUUUGUAAUUAGAAUGAACCUUUUUCGAUGCAUUUGAAACAAUCACAUAAUUCGAGCACUCAGAUGAAAUAUGGUAGUAUUCUCAGUGUAGAAAUAAAGCACUUGAUAGUUACCAUAACCGAGGCGACAGAAUGCUGUCUUGUCUGUAUUUCUUCUGAUAUGCAAGAUACAAAAACAAUUUUGUGCAGUUUAUGUGCCACAUAAACAGUACAUCUUUAGAGUGCUCCAAUAGUUU